AUGCCUGUCUAUCGCAUUGAGGUUUCACCCAACAACCGUGCUGGUUGCAAUGACACCCUGCACAAGAAGGAAAAGGUCAAGAUUAUGAAGGGCGAGCCGCGCUUCGGAACUUGGGUCGAGAUUGAGGAGCAUGGCUCCUGGAGGUGGAAGCACUGGGGCUGCGUCUCCGGCAAACAGAUCGAGAAUCUGCGUGAAGACAUCCGCAAGGAUGGCUCGUAUGAUUUCGACCUGAUCGACGGUUACGAUGAGAUUGGUGAUCACCCGGAGCUCCAGGCCAAGGUCCGCACCGCUAUGAUCGAGGGCAAGAUCGCCGACGAAGACUUCAACGGUGACCCUGAAUACAACGUCCUGGGCCAGUCAGGUAUUCGUGGCCGUGCCACUAAGAAGAAGGCCGAGGACGAGGAUGGCGAGGAGCAAAACGGCGGUGACACACCUGCCAAGAAGCCGGCCAAGAAGCGUGGCCGCAAGAAGGCUGGUGAUGAUGCGCAGGAGGAAGAAGAGCAGGAGCCGGCUGGGGCUCCUCCCGCUAAGAAGGCUCGGAAGAGCAAAGCCAAGAAGCAAGCCGACGACGAAGAAGUUGCUCCGCCCGUCGAAGCUCCCAAGGGAAAGGGACGAGCCAAGAAGGUCAAGCCGGAGCCGGAGGUUGAUGAGGAAGCUGCCGUCGAAGCUGAGGCUCCCAAGAAGAAGGGCCGGGCCAAGAAGGCCAAACCUGAGCCUGAAGCCGAUGAUGAGCCCGCCGUUGAGCAGCCCAAGAGGAGUGUCCGUGCCAAGAAAGCCAAGGUCGAUCCCGAGCCCGAGCCCGAGGCCGACGAGGAAGCGUCUGAUCAGCCAGAACCCGAGCCAGAGCCAGAGCCCGUUGCCAAGAAGGGCGGCCGAAAGAAGAAGGCUGCUGCCAACGGUGAUGAUCAUCAGGCCGAGGUUCCCAAGGCCGCUCCUGCAAAGCGGGGCCGACCCAAGAAGAGGUAA